ACUGUCAUUUUAUUUUGUAUCACAAGUGUUAAGGCAUCGCAUAUUUUAAUCAAAAAUUCAAAAAGAAUUCUCCGAAAUACAUAAAAAUUAAAUCUAGAAUUAUCACACCCAAAAUGUCUGAAAAUUCGCAACUUGCUAAAUCCGAAGCCACCUUGUCUGUGCUGCACGCCAUAUCGCAGUUGGUGAAUACUGGAUUAAGCAAAGAUUCCCUCAAAAUCUGCAUGGAACUGAUCGACCAGGGUGUUUCUUCUCGUGCUUUAGCGGAAGCCAUCAAGGCCAUUAGGGACGGUGUUGGAAGCAAGGAAAGCGAGGAGGAGGACUCUCGAUCCGAAAACGAGGAAUCCGACCAAUCGUCUCCCGUAACAUGUAGAAAAUUAUUCUGAUUCUGAAAUUUAUUUUAUGUUUAAAUUGUGUUUCUCAAAUUAAAAGUUCAGCUUCCA